AUGACAACCCCCCUUCCCGCUCCCAUCUAUCCCAAACGCUACUUCUCCGCCUCCCCCACCUGGUUCGCCUGGAACAAACUCACCUCCUCGGACCUCCACACUCUCCGCGAAGAACCCGGCUUUGAGAGUCAGCACAUUUACUUCCAUCUCAACCAUCCGAUUCGCUACGUCAGGUUAGUCGGGCUGGUGGUCGAUAUCGACGUCAGAGUCGGGAAGUACAUUUUGAUCACGCUCGAUGACAGUAGCGGGGCGUGUAUUGAGAUUAAGACUGAGGCGCGGGUGGUGAGGGAUGGGGAUGGAGCGGAGUGGCCGAGCAAUACUGUGUUGGAUAACCUGGAUCUCGUCACCGGGAUAGGCAGGCCGCCGUCGCUGUUAGUCGACAGGAAAGCGGUAGAUAUCGGCACAGUCGUCAAAGUGAAAGGAACCAUCGACACCUUCCGCGGCACCCGCCAAAUCCAACUCGAACGCAUCUGGAUCGUCAAAGAUACCAAUGACGAAGCGAAAGCGUGGGCAGAGACGGCGGAGUGGAAGCGCGAUAUCUUAGGGAGACCUUGGGUGUUGAGUAAAGCGCAGCGGCAGGCUAUGGAUGCGCAGGCGGAGCGGGAGGCGAGGGAGGAGCGGCAGAAGGCGCAGAAGAGGAGGGUGAGGAGUGCGGAGUCGGAGAGGAAGAGGGAGGAGAAGGAGAGGCGGGGGGAGGAGAAGAGGAGGGCGAGGGAGGUGAAGUUGGAUAAGGGGGCGUUGGUGGGGAGUUCGGUGGUGCCGAUGAGGGUGACGGACUCGUGA